GCUGUCGGUUGUUAGGCGCCGAGUCGCCAGUGUCGCCUCGCGCUCCAAUGGAGUGACUUCAUUCGCUUUAAGAUAAAAAGUGAAGAGUUUCACUCUUGAGAGUCUGAGCUGCUUCUAACGUGAUUUGCGGACAAAUUUAUUAAAUCUACCUUUUUCAAUUCUCGUCUACGUCUUACGCCGGGCCUCUCCGGGACCUGGGGCUUUUCCAAAUCUUCCGACAUUUUCGCAGCGUUGUUCAAUUUCAAAUCGGUGGUAUAUUUUGUGUAAUCUAACCAUAAAUGGCCGCUGAUGUGGCUUGCGUUUUAUACAUGUCUAACCGUAUUAUACGUUUUUAUACGUAGGAAAUGUAGAAAAGUGCUCGCAGCGCCAAAAUGCCCAACCCUAAUGAGCAGCAAGUGGAAUUGGAGAGUCAAUUUGUUAUGCGAUUGCCACCAGAACCUGCUAAAAUACUAAGAGAAGCUUUACGCAGCAGUCUGCCUUUAAAAGAUAGAUUAACUAUAAAACUAGAAAAUGAUAUGCGCUAUGGUGAGGUUAGAGUUGAUCAUUGGCUACUUCAUGCUAAGGUCAUGGAUCUGCCGACAAUAGUGGAAUCCUUAAAAACUAUUGAUAACAAAAGCUUUUACAAGACUGCUGAUAUAUGUCAAAUAGUAAUAUGCAAAGAAGAGGACGAUCCUUCGGCAACAGACGAGGAAUCUCCUGUUAAACAAAAGAAAAAAGAUCCAAAUAAGGUCGAUAAAAAAUUCCUCUGGCCUCAUGGUGUAACGCCACCCACCAAAAACGUAAGACGCAGGAGAUUUAGAAAAACCUUGAAGAAGAAAUACGUAGAAGCGCCGGAAAUUGAAAAGGAAGUGAAACGCCUGCUGCGCGUGGACAACGAUGCUGUUAAUGUUAAGUGGGAGGUGAUCUGUGAAGACGAAGAUCAGUCGAAACCUAGCAAGGUAUCAUCUUCGGGUACGGUUAAAACCAAGCGGGAGAGCAUUAACGGAAACACAUCUCAAAGUUUGGACGUUGCUGAACAUGAUAUAUUUGGUGAAGCUGUAAGUGACAGCGAAGAUGACGAUGAAGAAGCUAAUAUAAACGUGAUGGAACUAGAUGAGAAUAGCCGCCUUUCAGCGGAUAGCAGAGUUUCAGACUCCAAUUCUAUGCAAGCUACCUAUUCCGAGAGAUCGAGCAAUAAUGCAACAACGAGCAGUGGAUUGGUUACCGAGUUCAGCAAGGAAAUGUUCCAAAAUGAUAACAAUGAUAUGGAAAUUGACAAGCAACAGGAUGAUGCUACGCCAAAGAUCGCAAAAUUGGAGCAAUUUCAUUCAGAGUACAUCAUAUCGGAGAAUUAUACGGAAUCACCACCAGUUUCUGCAUCUAAAGAUUCGCGCCUUGCUACUCUUCAUGCGGAAUUGACGGAAUUACGGCAAAGGAGACAGCAACAAGAGAUUGAAAUAGCUAAUAUCGAAAAUGUUAAACUGAGACAGCGAUUCCAGGAGAUUCUAGAUAAUUUGUUAACUCAAGAAAUGCAAAAAGUGCAAGAGAUACAAGAGCUAGAACUGGAAUAGAAAGUGCAAUGCCGGAAUUCUCUAUAAAUUAUGUUUCUAACGAUUUCAUGAAAUUUUAGCAUAAUCAUUUCUUGAAAUUUGCUAAAAUUUCAGAAAAGGAUUUCUGAAGUCGUUUUGAAUAAAACUUUAUUUAAACUUUGUUACUUUUAAAUGAUUCUAGGAAUUGUGCUGUAAAAUGAUAAUAUGAUCAUAUAUAUUACAUUCAGAACAAUUACAUAGUACAUUGUAUACAAUUAAAAUAUAUACAGUUUUACG